CGUAUUUGUCAUCCAGGAAGCAAGGACAAACCAGCAAAGCCCGCAAGUUAAUGUGUUAACGAAUUUAAAAAAAAGGAGGAUGAGCAGCUCAGAGGAGGUGUCCUGGAUAUCUUGGUUCUGUGGACUGAGAGGGAAUGAGUUCUUCUGUGAGGUUGAUGAGGAUUACAUACAAGACAAAUUUAACCUGACAGGUUUAAAUGAGCAGGUUCCUCACUAUCGCCAGGCCCUGGACAUGAUUCUCGACCUGGAGCCAGAUGAGGAGCUUGAAGAUAACCCGAACCAGAGUGACUUGAUAGAGCAGGCAGCAGAAAUGCUCUAUGGGCUUAUACAUGCACGUUACAUCCUCACAAACAGAGGCAUUGCACAGAUGUUGGAAAAGUAUCAACAAGGGGAUUUUGGCUAUUGCCCCAGAGUCUAUUGUGAGAAUCAGCCAAUGCUUCCUAUUGGUUUGUCAGACAUCCCAGGGGAAGCAAUGGUGAAGCUUUAUUGCCCCAAGUGCAUGGAUGUUUAUACCCCUAAAUCUUCAAGACACCACCACACAGAUGGAGCCUAUUUUGGCACAGGGUUCCCCCACAUGCUGUUCAUGGUGCACCCAGAGUAUCGUCCAAAGCGUCCAGCCAACCAGUUCGUGCCAAGGCUAUAUGGUUUCAAGAUUCAUCCAAUGGCUUAUCAACUUCAACUUCAGGCUGCAUCAAGUUUCAAGAGUCCAGUCAAGACAAUUCGCUAGAACCCUGCUUUGACAAAGACGCUGGACUCAAAGACUUUGUCGUUUACUACUUAUUUGAAUCGAUGGAUUAUAUAUUCCCAAUAAAUGCCUGUACAGUUCUCCAGAUUCAACCAUUAUCGCUCAUUUAGUGAAACAAUGUUACAGUGGAGAAAGUUAGUUUUUUCUGUAUUGAACAUGUUAUUAUUCCCAAAAGCUCAGUCGCUUGAUUGAUCCUUAAUUGAUGUCAAUUGAUCUUUUCAUAUUUUAGGGUUGUUUCUCUAAAACAGAAACGUGGCUUUAAUGAAGGCAAGUUUGUGUUGUGGCUCAAUUGCAGGUGAUUGAAUGUAACAGGAAAUCUUGCCACCAGCUGCUGACAGAUUUGCCUUAUAAGUGGUAUGGUCAAUCAAUACUCGACUUAAAGUUAACACUAAAUUGCAUCAAAUCAUAUUAACUUGUGCUGCAGAACAAAUGUUGGAAUGUGCAUAAGAUUUUAUUGUGUUAAGGUGAUGGAUUUUAUUUGAAAACAGCAAUAUUCAUAAAUGUGAUGAGGUGCUAUUUCCAAGAAAUGGUUAAUACGAAAUUAGAGGCAGAAAGAAAGAGCUCAUCUUUAAAAUGGAACUAUUCUUAAUUUUAAUUUUUUUUUUUUUUUUUUUACACUGAUCUGUUUCAUUUGAAUUCAGUGGUUAUGUUUGUGCUUGACUGUUUAGGCAACUGUAACAAUAUUUUCCUGAUAAUUGCGUAUUUGAGGUUUCAUCUUGUUUACAUUAUGAUAUUACAAUCUAGCCACUUUUUUCCCCUCGAACGUUUGGUGUUGAUUGAACAUGCGGCAACAUCCACUAUGAAACAAGUGAAUGGCAUUAAAUAUU